CUCCCUGACCGAGGCCGAGAGCCGGAUAAUUUCAAUAGUUGGGGCAGAUUAUUCCUUUGGGACAGACUGCCCGGACGCUAUGCCAGAGGAAGAUUUAUUACAACAUGAGAUGGAGGCUGGGGUGGUAAUCUCUGAGGUUCUCACCUUACCUCAUUCUCAGGCUAGAGAUUUUGUGGAAUUGUUACCGACUGAAACAACAAUCAAUGACAGCAGAGCAACGGCUGGUUCUUCACCACCACCCAUCCAAGAACAAGUGCAAGAUGCCCCUCAGUCGCCAGUACUACAAAUGACAGUACGUGGCAGAAGGACAGAAACUGUUGCAUCAUCAACACCACCACUGCGACAGAGACCCAGAAGAAAGAGUAAGCUUAAAUUUUAUUUAUAAUAAAAACAUUAGUUCUGCAGGUGGGUCAGCCAAUAAUUCCUACAAUACCAAUAAUUUUGGGUAUUUUCAGAUCUGAAUCCUCGCCAAAGUGUUUCUGAGCAAUAUAGUGCAGCUCGACGAGAAUUUCUAGCAGUUGCAGAAGCAAAUGCUGCUACAAUGAAGAUGCUGGCAACUGCUGCUCAAGCGCAAGCAGAUGCUGCCAAGAUGCAGGCUGAGGCAGCCAAGGUACAAGCCGAGGCGACGCUGCAAUUGGUAAAAGUCGGAAACAAAAUAGCUGACGCAAUAAAUAAUUACAUAAAUAAAAAUAAUAAAUGAUAUAAAA